ACGCGGCACCAUCUUUGUCGCCGCCUACUACACGCCCUUCUCCUUCUCCUUCUUCUCCUCUUUCUUCUUCUUCUUCUUCUUCUUCCUCUUCUUCGUCCACUUGGUUGACUUUGGCGCCAAAUAAAAAGCUGUAUUUGAAGUCCAACAUGGCGGAGAGAAAAGACGCAGCUUAGAAGACGAGCACACCUGAAGACUCAUCAUAAUAAUAACAUGUGACUAUUGGACUGUGCAGGGCCCGCUUGCUGCUCAUCAUGGGAUGUGGCGCCUCUGUUGCCAUAGAAACACACAUGCCGAGAGACCAAGCUGCAAAAACCCCCAGUCCGGCUCUGACAAUGAAGGCAGCGGUUCUGAUCCAAGGCUGGUACCGGCGCUACAUGGCCCGCCUGGAGAUGAGGCGAAGGUACACAUGGAACAUCUUUACCUCUAUCGAGUAUGCGGGCGAGCAGGACCAGCUGCAGCUCUCCGGCUUCUUCAGCUUCAUGCUGGACAACUUCACUCAGCUGCAAGGGUCAGAUCUGAUUUCCCAGCUGUUGGAGCCGGUGGUGGAGCCCUGGCUGGACAGAGAGCUCUUCUAUGACUCCAUCCUGGUCCCAGAGUCCUACGCUGGCCCUCGGCUCUCCUUUCCUCUCUCGGUGUCGGACACCAACGGCCUCCUGAACGCCUUCAAAGAUCAGCAGAGCCUCCAUGCCAGAUAUGUGCUGCAGCUCCUCUACGAGACCAAGAAGCUGCUCCAACACAUGCCCAACAUUGUGCAGCUGUCCACGUCCUACACCAAGGAGAUUACAAUAUGUGGAGAUCUUCAUGGCCGACUUGAUGACCUCCUUCUUAUAUUUUAUAAGAACGGCCUCCCUUCUGCUGAGACACCCUAUGUGUUUAAUGGAGACUUUGUAGACCGAGGGAAAAAGUCCGUGGAGGUGGUGGUCCUCCUGUUUGCCUACCUUCUGCUGUACCCGGACCACAUGCAUCUGAACCGAGGAAACCACGAGGACCACAUCAUGAACCUCAGGUAUGGCUUCACCAAAGAAGUCAUGCAGAAGUACAAGAGCAAUGGACGGGAGAUCCUGCAGCUCUUCCAGGACGUCUUCAGUCUUCUGCCUGUCGCCACGGUGAUAGACGGGAAGGUCCUUGUAGUUCAUGGUGGCAUUUCAGACCAGACGGACCUGGACUUGCUCGGGUCCAUGGACAGACACAAGAUCAAAUCAGCUCUGAGGUUUCCCAGACACAGUUUGGAGCAGCUGGCCGUGCAUCCUUCUUCCAAGCAGCUGAAGAGAAUGAGAUCCACGGACACUUCUGCUGCCACCACAACCCCCCGGCCCCAGCUCAGAAAGAGGCGAUGCGCUCUUAACCGCCAAGACACUUCCUUCUCCUCUUCCUCCUCCUCCUCGUCUUCCUCAUCAUCUUCCUCCCUCUGCUCUCCACCGACUCCCUGCGGCUUCUCUCCCAGCAUGCAUUGCAACAUCCUGCCAGUAUCUCCUUUGCCUGAGCAGGAGGAGCAGGAGUGGAAACAGGUGAGGAGGAGUAGUGUUGAGUGGAAACAGAUGGUGGACAUCCUGUGGAGCGACCCCAGGAGCCAAGAUGGCUGCAGUCCAAACACCUUUCGAGGAGGCGGCUGCUACUUUGGCCCCGACGUGACGCGGUGCCUUCUGCUCCGACACGGCCUGCAGCUGAUGGUGCGCUCCCACCAGUGCAAGCAGGAGGGCUACGAGCUGUGUCACGGUGGACAGGUGAUCACCAUCUUCUCUGCGUCCAACUACUACGAGGAGGGCAGCAACCGCGGGGCCUACGUCAAACUGGGCCGAGACCUGCUGCCACGCUUCUACCAGUACCAAGUCAGCCCCAGCACCCGCAAACUCACGCUCACCCAAAGAGUGUGUGCUGCAGAGGACUCGGCUCUCAGGGCCCUCAAAGAGAAAGUGUUUGCUCAUCGCUCUGACCUCCUGGCAGGAUUCCAGCACUUUGACCAGACCAACACAGGCAGGGUGAGCCUCAGUGAAUGGGCUCAGGUGUUGGAGUCCGUCCUGCGACUGGACCUGCCUUGGAGGACUCUUCGUCCACGUCUGGCUCAGCUGGCCAGCGACGGCAGUGUGGACUAUCAGUCCUGCUUCAAGGACAUGGGACCAGGACUACCGCUGGCCCAGGUGACCCCCGGUCUUGCAGAGACUUUAUUCCGAUACAGGACAGACAUCGAGGUGAUCUUCAACAUUAUCGACAAGGACCACUCAGGUCUGAUUUCCAUGGAGGAGUUCCGUCACACCUGGCGCCUCUUCAGCGCUCACCUGGGCGUGGACGUCACCAACGGAGCCAUCGACGACUUGGCCCGCAGCAUGGACUUCAACAAAGAUGGCAGCAUCGACUUCACCGAGUUCCUGGAGGCCUUCAGAGUGGUGCACAAGUUGGAGGGCAGAGAUGGUCAGAGGAAAGACUGAGAAGACCAGAGAGCAGGAAGGUAAGAGACUCACCAGACCUGACCUGCACAGGUACACACCAAUGAUCUACCUGUCAUUGGCCGGGACGAUUAUCACCACCGACGUUUUGCCAUUUUGAGGCUUUUUUCUCUUUUUAAACUACAGCAGAUACAAUAUCUACACCUGUGAUACUAGUAUUUAGAAUGAAAUACAUCUAGAAUUAAUCAAGUAGAUAGUAAUAAACACUGUCCAUUUUUUUGCAAGGAAAUCCCGAUUUUGUCCUUCUCUCUGCCUUCCUCCAUAACACUAAGAGUGUGGGCUCGUUUAAAGAGCGCCACCAGUUUCAUGUUUGGUCAUUCUAUCAAUUUUAUGGCCAGGAAAUCCAGUUUUUGACCUUCUUUCUACCUUCCUUCGUAACACUCAGUGUGGGCUCAUUUGCAGAGCGCCACCAGUUUCAUGUUCCGUCAUUCAAUCCAUUUUUGGCCAGGAAAUCCAGUUUUGUCCUUCUUUAGUGCCACGAGUUUCAUGUUCCGUCAUGCAAUCCAUUAUUUGCCAGGAAAUCCAGUUUUUGUCCUUCUUUCUGCCUUUGCCCAUAACACUGAGUGUGGGCUCAUUUAAAGAGCGCCACAAGUUUCUUGUUCUGUCAUUCAAUUCAUUUUUUGCCAGUAAAGACAGUUUUUGUCCUUCUCUAGUUCAACAAGUUUCGUCAUUCAAUCCAUUUUUUGCCAGGGAAUCCAGUUUUUGUCCUUCUUUAGCAUCAGAUGUUUGCUAGGAAAACCAGUUUUUGUUGUCCUUUAGCGCCUCAAGUUUCAUGGUCCAUCAUACAAUCUAUUCUUUGCCAGUAAAGACAGUUUUUGUCCUUUUCUCGUUCAACAAGUUUCAUGUUUCGGCAUUCAAUCAAUUUUUUGCCAGGAAAUACAGCUCAUACAUUCUGGAACAUCCAGGAAGAAAUUAUGUUGGCCAUUUUGAAAAAUGUGUCAACUAUAAUCUGGGUGAUUUAUUGAAAUGUUGACAAUAUUUUAGGAGGAAACCUUACAAUGCAUUCAAUCCAUGAAGUGUAUAACAUGGAGUAGAUGAGUUAUUGUGAUGUAGAGAAAUGUCAUUUUCUGACCUAUUUUCCCAGGAGAUCUAUUAUAUUUACAAAUAAAAUAUCGAUGCUCCCCUUAGGACAGGGGUGCCCACACUUUUUCUGCAGGCGAGCUACUUUUCAAUUGACCAACUCGAGGGGAUCUACCUCAUUUAUAUAUAUCAUUUAUAUUUAUUUAUUUAUGAAAGAGACAUUUUUGUAAACAAGUUAAAUGUGUUUAAUGAUAAUACAAGCAUGUGUAACACAUAUAGAUGUCUUUCUUUCACAAAGACAAGAAUAUUAGUUGGUGUAUUACCUGAUUCUGAUGACUUGCAUUGAUUGGAAUCAGACAGUAAUGAUGAUAACGCCCACAUUUUCAAAUGGAGGAGAAAAAACGUUGUCCUUUCUGUACAAUACCACAUGAAAGUGGUUGGUUUUUGGCAUCUAAUUCAUCCAGCUUCCAUACACUUUACAAGAAAAACAUUGGCGGCAAAUUCCGUAGCUUGCUUGAUUGACAUUCACGGCACCCGAGGGUCUUGU